UUCAUCAAGAAAGCGGUAUUAUGUUUGAAGUGCCUACGCUACAAUCACAAGCAGGAAAACUGUAAGGGAAAACGCCGAUGCCAGAAAUGUUCAAGGAUGCACGAAAACGAAGAGGAUUUCGAAAACUGUGACAACCCACAACGUUGCUUACACUGUCGGAAAGAACACAAAACCUCAGACCUAACAUGUCCAGAACGCAGUCGACAAAACAACAUCCAAGCCAUCCUCGCAAGAACUAGUCUGACAACAAUCGAAGUCGUUGAAAAAUUCCCGAUUCAUACGCAAAACUACUACGAACCUUUGGUUCAAUCCGCACAGGACCCUACACCAGCAGAAACGUUUGCCGAUGUUAUGUCUCGACAAUACAAACCGGCAACCGGAAUCCAACGACGGAAGCGGGAAGGGGCCAGCCCAAGCUCAAACAACAUCGGAGAACAAGUAGACAUCUACAGAGAGAAGAAGCAGAAGGUAGCAGAAGGACAACAAACUGGAGUCGCCCUCUUCAACAAAUACAAAACUACCGAGGCAGAGAGAUGGAAAGAUCAACUACGUCAAGCACAAAAAACGAAAAAUCAACAAGAAAACAGCCAACAGCCCACCCCAUCGUCGAGCAGCAGAUUUCCGGCGAUCGCGAACGGCACAGAAAAAGAAGAGUUCUCGAAGUUCGUCUCGAACAUGAUAGACAAAGCAUUGAAAACUAUUGAAACGAUGUGAAACGGUACGCUGGGACUCAUCAUCCAUCAGGCGUAACGUCAACAAGGGGUGGGCUGUCACUGCCAGAGCAACACAAAACAACAUCAAAACAGCUGGAUUUAUGGUCACUGUCACCAAUCCAAAAGUGGAAUUACCACAAUAGAAGAGAAGAAG